GAUUCUGGUCCUUCCUCAGCAUCUCUCUCACCCGUCCGCCUCCCCCUCCCUGAGCUCGGCGCCAUGGACGACGUUCCCCCGAUCAUCAACAUCUCCAUCGCGCUGCGGAUCCAGCCCAACGACGGCCCGGUCUUCUUCAAGGUGGACGGGACCCGGUUCGGCCAGAGCCGGACCAUCAAGCUCCUCACGGGCUCCAAGUACAAGAUCGAGGUGGUGCUGAAGCCUGGAAACGUCGAGGCCACCAACAUGAACAUCGGCGGCGUCGUCUUCCCGCUGGAGCAGCAGUCCAGGGACGACGAGUCGGUGGUUUACCACGGCCAGUACGACACCGAGGGCGUCCCGCACACCAAGAGUGGCGAUCGGCAGCCCGUCCAAGUCAGCAUAGAGUUUAUCAAGGCGGGGACGUUUGAGACGGUCUGGCAGGCCAAAUACUACAACUACUACAAGAGGGAGCACUGCCAGUUCGGCAACAAGUUCAGCAGCAUCGAGUACGAGUGCAAGCCCAACGAGACGCGGACCCUGAUGUGGAUCAACAAGGAGGCGUUCAACUGACUCCGCCCACUGAACCCCGCGCAGAGGACGCCGGUCUUGCCGGGACUACCUUUGAACAUCAGCAUCGCAGUGAGAGACGGCACCUCCUGAAGGCGGGCGUUGGGUUGGCGGGGUCUGCUCUUUGUGCUCUUUGAUGACCUCUGAGGGAGUAACGAGCUGUUUCGCACGCUGGUCUCUGUGAGGGCGGGGUUUCAGCAGUCAGAGGGUUAACUUAGCUUCUCAGCUGGUUUCAGGCGUUUGACAAACAUUCACUUUCUGCAGAGGUGACUUUCUGUCAUCAGGCUGAACGUGAAGUUCCUGUGGAAAGUUAAAGGAACAGUCGGACAGUUUGAGAUCCGAGCUCAUUAGGGAGCUUCGGAGACGAAGGCUGACGCACGCUUCAAGUCUGUGUGUCCAGCAGGAACUUUCUCCAGGACUCAGACACUCGUUCGUUUGGUUAGUUUGCAGCUACGGUCACAAUAAUCUUCUGAAGCUUUGGGUUCAGCAGACGGGCGCUGCUUUUAGAUCAGGCUCCAUCACAGGUGUUCUCUCUGACACUCUACGCUUAAAUAAAACACCUUGAGAGGAGCAAAGUUGUUAGCCGGUGCUACAUAAAUGACAUUCACUUCCUGUACUCGAUGCACAGACUUGAAAGUCGUCUCCAUCUCCUCAGACUCUGGAAUAAAUCUGACUGUUCCUUUAACACUGAAACCCCCUCAGACUGAAGACCAGCGUGGGAAACACCUGAAGUAUUUUAUCUUAUUUAUUACCUGUGUGAACGUCUGAGAGAGCAGAGGCGGCGGAUGAGAGGAUGGACGUCACUUUUCUCGUGUUUUGUGUUAUUUAAAGGAGAAAUCUGUACACUGCAGUUUUUGGUUCGCUUACUUUCCAGCUGCAGAAAUGAGUUUCACUGGUGUGAGUGUUGAUCCUUCACAAUAAAAGCUGGAGGGAUACUUUCUGGGACUUCCAUGUUCAAACUGGUGCAGUAUCUGAGGGACUAUUUUCAGCAGCGGAGUAAUCCUUUGAGCCUUGAAACACCUCUGUCUCCCUGCUGAAAGGAGGCGACCUCCUCUCUUCACGUCACUUCUUGUGUUUGCUGCUGAUUAUGUUUCUCAUGUCUCUUAAAUUGCAUGGCUGGAAACUUUUUGCCAAAUAUGAUCUGUUUGUUUGUUCCUUUGUUAAGAUGUCUCGAUGCCUGAAACUCUGUUUUGUUACGUCUUGAACUGAGGAGUAAAAAGUGUGUCUGUGAAUAAAGUGCUAUACAGAACCACUGGGACUCUGCUGCUUGACUGGAAUAAUAAAGUUUAUCCAU